AUGGCGAUGAGAAUAAAGCUGUUGUCUAUUGCUCAGAGCGAAGACUCCAAAAAACUUGUGGAAUUAGUACAAUUGGGUAAAAAAGAUCCAGGUGUGGAUUGGGAAGAAGUGAUCAGUGGCUACAGCCGAAAAGAAUUGGAUCAACUUUGGGAAAGUUUGCAAAAGUUAGGAACAAGUAUCAUCCUUAGUCUGGACAAAGUUGAUGAUUUCAAUGAGGAGGAACUAGAAACUGUUUUCCAAUCUCUACAAUGUCUUGUCAUCCUUGCAACGGCAACAGUUGUUUCAAACACUGCCCAAGUACCACCUUCUUUGCUGGAAAUUUCCAUUCUGUUCCAUGAUAUACUACCUUCUAUUCCCAGCCGAAAGGACAAAUUAAAAGAUGAAUUCUGUAGUCUUUUUGAGACCUUUUGGAUCAAGGAAAAGCCAGGCCGACAAGAUCUCAUUGACAACACAAUCUUGUACUUAUUUGAAUUGAACAUGCGACCAAAAUCAACUCUGAAAAUGAUAAAACGUUUAUGGCAGUUACGUGAAGCUUUCCAUCUGAUAGAAUUUGAUGAUCCUUCCACACAGACUCUCAGGGAUCAGAUUUGUCAAAGCCUCAUUAAUCCAAAUUUCAUGAAACGAGAUGAAGGAGUGCGUAUUCUUGGAUCAAUUCUACCGUUGAAUGCUAGUUUUAUGAAAACUUGUCAUGAAAUUAUCAAGAAAAACCUUCUGACCGUUCCUCGGAACUUAAUACCAAAAUAUGGACAAGUUUACUUUCGAGCUUGGCAGAUGAGUAAUGAGCAAGUUAGACCAAAAUUGGAAACUGACUGUGUCCAAGAUAUCAUGUAUCAUGCAAUUCAUGCUUCUGGGAUUCAACUAGUGAAAAUCUUAAGAAAAAUCCUUGACUACAUCCAUAGACAAAAAAGACAGAAAGGAGUUGAUGAAAUGUUGAAUCGUCUUUAUGCACCAAUUCUCUGGAGGUCUUUAAAGGCAGCCAACUCUGUUGUUCGUUUGAACUCUGUUUUCCUUUUUGUUGAUGUCUUCCCUCUGCAAAAUCCUCUUGCUGGUGUUGAGGAAAAUAACGACCUUUUGCAAAAUCAAUUCAACAGUUUUGACAAUCUACUCAUGGAUUCCUGUCCCUCAAUCCGAAGUCGGACCAUUUUGGGUGUUUGUCAGAUUCUUUCAGCAUACUGGCAAAUGAUUCCAAAAGAAGUCAUAAAAACUUAUAUCACUACAUUGAUUGAAGAUCUUGCUUGGGAUGGAGCAGCAGCUGAAGUCAGAGAAUCUGUGUUGAAGGGAAUUGUGCUCCUUUUUAACUGCCAUUAUUGUCAUCUCAUUUUGCAACCAAUUCUGCCACAAUUACAAAACCUGUUUCAUGACACAUCUGAGAAAGUUCGCAUUGCCAUGGUCAAUCUCUUAAUUAAGGUAAAAGGAAUACGCAAAAUUAAGUAUUGGUCUAUUGUGUCUGUCGAACAUUUGCUUGUACGUCUUGCAAUUGAUACACAACCAGUGGCCCGCCGAAUUAUGCAGAUUGUAUUCAGCAGUUUUCUCCCCUUGGAUAAAUCAGCUGAAGUUCAGGUGACUCGGAUCAUUUGUCUGAUUGAAACUAAUCCAAAAGCAUCUCGAAUUUUCUUCCAACACGCCCCUAAGCAUAUGUCUCUUGAGCAAGUGGUCUCAUUUAUUGUUUUGCUUUGUGGCUGUAUCCUGCGAUGUAUAAGAAAUGAAAAAGUGGCAAGUGAUGAGUCUUUCCAAGAAAGUGAUAAUCAUAAGGAUGAGUCUUUGUAUCAAGAACAGGAAGGUGAAAAUAUUUCCAUGAGUUUAGAGAUGAACAUUAUCCAUGGCUUCCUGGAUGCCAUAACAAUUUUAUGGACUGUUGUUGAACCUGAACUGACAAAGCCUUCAAGUAAAAUAAUGAAAGAGAAACUGGACAAGAUCUUCAGUAAAGCUAUUCCUGUGAUUAUGCGUCAUUUUAAGGAUCUAAAAUCAAAUUCUGCAUUGAUUAUCAUUGCAAGUAAAUUGCCUCCCAAACUGGUGCCUUAUCUCAGCCACCAAUGUUUGACUAAAUUGAAGAAGUUGGAUGAAAAGACCUGUUGCAAGGAAGAUUAUUCCGCUCUGAUCGAAAUGUCUUGUUCUUGGGGAAAGAUGAAUGGUUUGCUUGACCUCAUCCUGGAAUGGCUUACAGAUGGAAUGAAGAACAAACUUGAUUCUUCAUCUACUUUCAAACAAUUAAAGAGGCAGACACAGGUCAGAUUCACAGUGAAUGAAGUGCCAAAACCAAUCCUUGGUCUUAAGUUCCUCUUUCAUGUUGUUGAGCAGCCAAACUGUCGAGCUCUUUUGCUGAAUAAACAUCAAAAGAAUAUUCUUGAUAUCUUGGAGCAACUGAAAAAUGUCUUGAAACUUCUUGAACAUCAUUUCGACACUAAUAAUCAAGAACUUGAGUCGACUGAUGACCGAUUUCUGUUGGAUGCUUAUUUCCUUUACAUUCGCCUUAAUUUACUUGUUUACAUGGAGGCUAACUCCCAGAGCACCAAUGACUCUGUGAAUCUCCAAAAAUUGAUUUACCAGUUUUUGUCAUGGGCAAAAAAGAAAGUCAUGCCUGUUCUAGAAAAUAAUCAGGACUCUUCAAAAUCCACACGGAAACGAAAUUCAUCGCACAGCAAAAAGAAAGUCAUUGAUUUGGCUUGUGAUUUGUUACAAAACUUGUUUACAUUGUUACACACUUACCUUCUAAUGUAUGAAAUAGAUGAACAAUUUUGUAUCCAGUUGGGAACUUUAUUUGAGCCCUGUAUUGAUUCAGUUAAGAGCGUGAAAUUGCUUCCAAUCAUCCUCAGUUGCAUAAUUCAACUUACCAGCAACCAGUGUUCGGAAAGGAAACUUGUUGUCCAUCAAGUACUCAGCAUUUUUGGCAAUAUAAUCCAGAGUCUGGCGAGAGGGUCACUUUCUGACAAUAAUGUCGAUUCAUUCAGCCAGAUAUUGACAUCAUCACGAAUGCACAUGUCUAACUUCCUUGCUGCAGUUUUUGAUCUGAGAAUGUUUUCUCCACCCCUCUUGACAGAAUUCUACAAGAAGAUAGUGGUGGCAGUGCUUUAUGAACUGACAGAAGCAAGUAAAAGGGGUGAACUUAAUGGAGUACCAAAUGCCUAUCAAGAUUUAAAACCCUUUGCACUUUGGCUUUUGGAUAUUAUUUUCAAGAAGAUUUCUUCUGUAAGCUAUUUCUUUCAAGAGCUGCAGAAAUUCAUCAAAGCUGAUUGUUUAAAUGAAGAGCACCAGUUCAAUGCUUUAUUGUUCAUGUUAAAUGCAUUGCUUCUCAAACCUAAAAAUCCCAAAUUGGAAAUCCAGGAAUGUUGGACGGCAUUACAGGACUGCAGCCAUUUUCCAAAGCAAUCCAAUCUUGAUGAUACAUCCGACAAUGUUGGUUUGAAAGAAUCACUCAAGGAACAUAUCGAGCAGAUCUCUUCUGUGAUGGCAAUCAAAUCAAGAUGA